CGGGGCACUAGAGCGCACAGCCCGGCGGGCCGCAGCGGGGAGGUGAGGAGCGCGGCGAGGGCGGCUGCGGGACCGCCGCCCCUGCGCUCCGGGGCUGCGGGGCGCAUGGGGCGCGGGGAGCUGGGAACCUUUGCGGGCUGCGUGCCCGGCCGCCUGCUGCGGUGAGACGCGGCACCGGACACCCCCAGAGCCCGGGCAGUCGGGAGGAUGACCAUGGCUGGGGGCCGGCGGGGACUGGUGGCCCCGCAGAACACGUUUCUGGAGAACAUCGUGCGGCGGUCCAACGAUACUAAUUUUGUGUUGGGGAAUGCCCAGAUAGUGGACUGGCCUAUUGUGUACAGCAAUGAUGGAUUCUGCAAGCUCUCUGGCUACCACCGGGCGGAAGUGAUGCAAAAAAGCAGCGCCUGCAGUUUUAUGUAUGGAGAGCUGACCGACAAGGACACGAUAGAGAAGGUGCGCCAGACCUUUGAGAACUACGAAAUGAAUUCCUUUGAAAUCCUGAUGUACAAGAAGAACAGGACACCCGUGUGGUUUUUUGUGAAGAUCGCUCCCAUCCGGAAUGAACAGGAUAAAGUGGUUCUGUUCCUGUGCACAUUCAGUGACAUAACAGCCUUCAAGCAGCCCAUUGAGGACGACUCGUGCAAAGGUUGGGGGAAGUUUGCUCGGCUGACCAGAGCUCUGACAAGCAGCAGGGGCGUCCUGCAGCAGCUGGCCCCUAGUGUACAGAAGGGAGAGAAUGUCCACAAGCACUCGCGCCUGGCAGAGGUCCUGCAGCUGGGCUCAGACAUCCUUCCCCAGUACAAGCAAGAAGCGCCAAAGACACCCCCUCACAUCAUCUUACACUACUGUGUCUUUAAGACCACGUGGGAUUGGAUCAUCUUGAUCUUGACCUUCUACACAGCCAUCCUGGUCCCUUACAACGUCUCCUUUAAAACCAGACAGAAUAACGUGGCCUGGCUAGUGGUGGACAGCAUCGUGGACGUCAUCUUUCUGGUGGACAUUGUUCUGAAUUUUCAUACCACCUUUGUCGGGCCAGCGGGGGAAGUGAUAUCUGACCCCAAACUUAUCCGCAUGAACUACCUGAAGACAUGGUUUGUGAUCGACCUUCUGUCCUGUUUGCCCUAUGACGUCAUCAACGCCUUUGAGAACGUGGAUGAGGUUAGUGCCUUUAUGGGUGAUCCAGGGAAGAUUGGUUUUGCUGAUCAGAUUCCGCCGCCCCUGGAGGGGAGAGAGAGUCAGGGCAUCAGCAGCCUGUUCAGUUCUCUGAAAGUUGUGCGGCUGCUCCGUCUUGGGCGAGUAGCCCGCAAGUUGGACCAUUACAUCGAGUAUGGAGCUGCGGUACUGGUCUUGUUGGUGUGCGUGUUUGGGCUGGCUGCCCAUUGGAUGGCCUGCAUCUGGUACAGCAUUGGGGACUACGAGAUCUUUGAUGAGGACACCAAGACAAUCCGCAACAACAGCUGGCUCUACCAGCUGGCGAUGGACAUUGGCACUCCAUACCAGUUCAACGGGUCUGGCUCGGGGAAGUGGGAAGGCGGGCCCAGCAAGAAUUCUGUCUACAUCUCCUCACUAUACUUCACCAUGACCAGCCUCACCAGCGUGGGCUUCGGGAACAUCGCCCCAUCCACUGACAUUGAGAAGAUCUUCGCGGUGGCCAUAAUGAUGAUUGGCUCUCUUCUGUAUGCCACCAUCUUUGGGAAUGUGACAACCAUUUUCCAGCAGAUGUACGCCAACACCAACAGGUAUCAUGAGAUGCUCAACAGUGUGCGGGAUUUCCUGAAGCUCUACCAGGUGCCCAAAGGGCUGAGUGAGCGGGUCAUGGACUACAUUGUGUCCACCUGGUCCAUGUCUCGAGGCAUCGACACAGAAAAGGUCCUGCAGAUCUGCCCCAAGGACAUGAGAGCUGACAUUUGUGUGCACCUGAAUCGCAAAGUGUUCAAGGAACACCCCGCCUUCCGGCUGGCCAGUGAUGGCUGCCUGCGGGCCUUGGCCAUGGAGUUCCAGACAGUGCAUUGCGCCCCGGGAGACCUCAUCUAUCAUGCUGGGGAGAGUGUGGACAGCCUCUGCUUCGUGGUCUCAGGCUCCCUGGAGGUGAUCCAGGAUGACGAGGUGGUGGCCAUCCUAGGGAAAGGAGACGUGUUUGGAGAUGUGUUCUGGAAGGAAGCCACUCUUGCACAGUCCUGUGCUAAUGUUAGGGCCUUGACCUACUGUGACCUGCAUGUGAUCAAGAGAGAUGCCCUUCAGAAAGUGCUCGAGUUCUACACAGCCUUCUCCCACUCCUUCUCCCGGAACCUGAUUCUCACCUACAACCUGAGGAAGAGGAUUGUAUUCCGGAAGAUCAGCGAUGUGAAACGGGAAGAGGAGGAGCGGAUGAAACGGAAGAAUGAGGCCCCUCUCAUCCUGCCUCCUGACCACCCUGUCAGGAGACUGUUCCAAAGGUUCCGCCAGCAGAAAGAGGCCAGGCUGGCAGCAGAGCGAGGGGGCCGGGACCUGGAUGACCUGGAUGUAGAGAAGGGCAAUGCCCUCACAGACCAUACCUCAGCCAACCAUAGCCUGGUGAAGGCCAGCGUGGUCACGGUGCGCGAGAGCCCUGCCACGCCUGUGUCCUUCCAGACGGCCUCCACCUCCACAGUGUCAGACCAUGCCAAGCUGCAUGCACCAGGAUCUGAGUGCCUAGGUCCCAAGGCAGGCAGUGGUGAUUGUGCCAAGCGCAAAGGCUGGGCCCGGUUCAAAGAUGCUUGUGGGAAGGGUGAGGAUUGGAACAAGGUCUCCAAGGCAGAGUCCAUGGAGACGCUGCCUGAGAGGACAAAGGCAUCAGGAGAGGCCACACUGAAGAAGACAGAUUCCUGUGACAGUGGCAUCACCAAGAGCGACCUUCGCCUGGACAAUGUGGGGGAGGCUAGGAGUCCCCAGGACCGGAGCCCCAUCUUGGCUGAGGUCAAGCAUUCUUUCUACCCCAUCCCUGAGCAGACGCUGCAGGCCACAGUUCUGGAAGUGAAGCAUGAGCUGAAGGAGGACAUCAAGGCCUUGAAUGCCAAAAUGACUGCCAUUGAGAAGCAGCUUUCUGAGAUACUCAGGAUACUAAUGUCCAGAGGCUCUGCCCAGUCUCCUCAGGAGGUGUGUGAGAUCUCCAGGCCCCAGUCCCCAGAGUCAGAGAGAGACAUUUUUGGAGCAAGCUGAGAGGAUCAUUUCAAAACAAACAAAAAAAGACAAAAGCCUGCCCCCUUGCCCUCAACACCUCUCACCACACCACCCACAUGACCAACAAUUUUCAAAGUAGGCUUUUCCUAACAGGAAGUCAAAGUGGGACCAAGUAGCAUCGGUGUGGAUGUGUGGGCUCUGGAAAACAUAAGCAGGAACAUGGCCGGGUGCCCAAGAUGGCAGCUGCAUCUCAACCACAACUGAGAGUUAGGGGAGAAGGGGCACAGCAUCUAUCUAAAGAGCAUUUCCUUUAAAAUGUUUUACCAAUGUGAUAUUUAUGAAAGAUUAAAACUACCAGGAAAGGGCAGCAGCCGUGUAGAGACUUGUGGAAGAGCUCCAGGAACCCCUCAAGAAUAGACCACAUUGGGCUUCUUUACCAAGCCCCCUGAAGACCACGACAGGCACAGGGAUGUCUGGGCAUUCACCACCCGUGUAGCCACGUCUGACCCCGCCGUCUGUUUUCCUAUUCUUGUCAUUUGUAACAAACUCUCAGUAAGGGGAGCUUGAUGGACGGGAGAGACUUUCCACUCUCAUGGCAGAGAUGGAGCAUCGAGUGCUGUGCCAUGGACCUGCAGGCUCUGGGCUCCUCAGGUUUCCUUGCCCGGAAGAGGUAAGGCCAGGAUGAGCCAAGAGGGCCCUCGGCUCUGAGUAGGCUCUGUGGUGUGGUCCACAGUCUGCUCUGUGGGAUGAUUGAUGUGGAAGCUCCCAGAACCAGGUGGCUCUCUGGCGCUGCACCAUGCUAUAGGCCUCACGACGUGGAAUUCUCUGCUGCUUCUCCCACAUCCUCUUCCCAAGCUCGCCCAUGGCUUUCCUCAGGGUGUGGGACAUCGAAAGGAAGGGGCAGGUGCCCAGCGUUGCUUUCCUAACAACAUAGACACACACACAACCUCAAAAAUGAUUGUAGCAAGUACUAGGUUUCUAUUUUGAUUCUCAUGGGAUUUUUGUCCAGUGCAUGGGGUCAUUAGAAGUCACGUGGGAGCCACACUUAGCCUUAUUUGAAAGCCAACCUAUUUCCUACUCUAAAAAUAAUGGCAGGACCAUGACUAUUCUCUUAGGGAGCUGGGAAAAAAGGAUGACGCACUGGUUUUCAAGAUGUCUCAGUGAUAAGCUGUGGCAUGUGACAGCGGAGCUGUGGUCUGGGGGAAGGUUGGGGCUCAGAGCCAUGGUCACAGGGCCAUCUCUGUGGCAUCCAAGUUCCCACAUCAUGAUGCUCAGGGACACUUGCUGCCUCAGUCACUUGAGGUCACAUUGGUUGGUCUUUUCUGGAUGGCAUUGGACAGGUCAGGGAGCUGGCUCAGGUGCACACCUGGAGGGCUGCCAGGGGUGUGACCCUACGAGAUGAGCCUGGAAGCUCAGCUCUGCAGUGAGCUUUGGAAGAGCAGUUAGGAGAGCAAGUGAGUGACAUGGGUGCCUCUGCUUAGCCUUAUUUUGUUUAGGGAGUCUGACGUUCAAGACCUGCCCUACCAAAGAUGUUCAGUGUUCUGCUUGGAGGCUACAGCAUAUGCUAGGACUUGACGCAUGGCUAUCUGUACAGAAUGGAUGGCCCUGGGAAAUCAAGGGUGUGUACAUACAUAGUGUACAUUUAGUGCAAUGCUUAAGGGCUAGCCUCUGGCAUCCCUAGACCAAGAUGCAAGUAGGUUCAGUUUCAGAUGGCAGCAUUCAGAGACACCCACUGGUGACUCUGAGUAAGUGAGGCCCACAGUCUCCUAAGCUGCUGCCAACUACCCAUGGGAACAGACUGUGAAAUACUGGAGUCACGUAUGCCAGCUGCCCCCUGAAUGUCCCACAAGGCCACUCCUCCCACAUACUCAUUAGCCUGGUUCUAGAGUUCAGGAGCGCUAAGCUUAGGGUAGGAUGGGCCCCAUGGUCAUGUAACACUCAGCCUCGGAAGCACCUGCUCCUAGAGAUCCUUCUGGAACUCCCUGAGACCUAGUGGGCCCUCUGGCACCUUGCUAGCCAGUGGGUGGAGGCCCUGUUCUCCUUGGUAGCUCUUUCUGAGGGGGUGAAUCUCUUUGAGCUGUAUCUCCCCAGUUGGAUGAUCCAGGUGCUGAGAGAUGUUGGAGCCCACCCUGUGUCAGGGGACAGAUAAAGCUUCAGGCUGCACUCUGGGGUCAAUGCAAAUUGUGCUGAAGUCCUGUUAGACUGAGGUCCACACUCUGCAGGGGGCAUCUCUGCUCAUCUUGGGGUUCUAGGAAUCUAGGGCCUAGGGGUUUCUGAAGGUGAGAGUGAAGAACACGGGGUGGCUUUUAUUUUUCUCCAUUCCUACAGCAUUUUUGCUAUGAUUGCCUUCUCUGAAAUAAAUUUUAAAUGAGCCAGCCCACUUCUCUUUACUUUUAUGGCAUGCACUGGACCAGAGGCUGUUCUGUGCCAACUUCACCUUUACAAGGACAUAACUGGUGUCUUGAGCAAGAACCCCAGGAUUCAGAUACCAAUGGCCUGCACCUUCCUGUAUUAGCCAUUAUUUGGUGGCUGGGGAGAGAGCAGAAAACAAAGAGUGACGAGGUAACAGACUGAAUGAACACUGAGAUUUCAGAAAAAAUUAUGCUGAGAGACACUUUGUUCUUUUGGAGGGGACGAGCAUGUGAUGUGGUACACCACUGUCCAGGGACGAGCACAUGAUGUGGUACACCACUGUCCAGUAAGUGCUGACUACUCGGUCUCUGUAGAUGAGCUAUUGUGAAUAUCAUCCACAGUGAAGCUCCAUUUCCCAGUGGCUAUCCGGACAGGCUAGUUUGAAGGGCGGCAAUCCCACUUGGACUGACGGACCUGCUUUCUUCCUGAGGGCAUUCAGUAGUGUGGGCUAGGCAUCAGAACCAAAAUGGCAGAGUCAGUGUUCUGGUUUGGUAGGCAUGCUGCAUCGUCAGCCAUGCCAUCCUAGAGGCAGCUGCAGCCUCCUCUACUGGGCACAUGACAGGCUGUGUGAUGCUCUGGUCUAGGCACAGCUAACUCCACGUCUCUGCUUCCUGCUGGAGCAGAGAACAAGUGUUUGACUGCUGUGCCCAACACAGCAGCCUCACAGAAGGUUUUCUUUCUUGUUUAUGGUGCUGGAGGUCAAAGUUAGGUCUUUGCCAAUGCCAGGGAAAAGCUCUACCACUGAAUGAUACUUCUAGCUCCCCAGCAACCUUCUGGAAACACAUUUAUUACUUUGAUUUCUUGGUAUCUGGUUCCUAGGGCCUGUGUUAGCCUCCACCUCUUAGAGCCUCUGUGCUGCUUCCGCAGUGAGGAUGGUUGGGCAAGGAGUAGAAAUACUUCCCACCCCACCAUGCACAGGCUUCAGCUUCCAAAUCCUUAAGUGGAAGGAGAGAAUAUUAAGCCAAAUGCCAGGUAUGACUGAAAGAACUCUUUAGAAAUAUCAGAGGCAGAUCGUCAUCUCCUUGUCACACUGACAUCUUACAGGUACACUCUGGGGCCUCUCAGGAGCCCUGGCGAAGGUACAAAUUGUAGAUGUACACACAACUAAAUUGUUUGUGCUCUGUUUUGCAAUAAAGAUGUUUAGCCUUAAGAACCUUGAAUGGAACUCCAGCCGCAAUGGGGCUGCCAGUGCCCCUUCCUACCCCCUCUCCUAGCGUUGCUUAGAAAGGAGGUCUGCCUAGGUUCCCUCAAGCCCUCAGAUGGCCUCUCCUACCUAAAUGUCGCCGUCAUUGUUACUGCUCCGUAUACUGCCUUCUUACUCACGUCAGUAAAAACUAUCUUCACCAGCUCCCAUGCUCUCUGCCUGGAGAAGUCUUCAGUGUCCCUGAAGUACUGACCCUAAGCUUCUGAGAAAGGACCAUUUCCAUCCGAAGUGUUGGUGUUGAGAAGAACUCCUUGCCACCUCCCACAGUUCAAAGGCAUCAAUGUGAAUUUUACCUGCAGCUUAAGUCAGUCUCAAAUGAAACUUCAGUUUUCAUACUAGUGUAUCAGAACCUUUAAGGAUGGCCUUGAAUUCCUGCCAGACCUGGUGGGGGCGUCUCCACCUGCCACUCAACCUUCCUUAGAGACACUGACUCUUUAUCUGUGACUUCUGAGUCAUCCACUGACCCAUUGGUCCUUGAGAAGUUUGCAGCUCUCCUAUCAGAAGACAGACUGUGUUUAUGGUAUGAAUGCAACACCCCCCAUGAAUGUAGCCUCUUAAUAUUCAGACACUGUAUUUGUGCAUCAGUUAGAGACUGUCCACAUUGCAAGGACAUUUAUACUCAUGAGCAGUUCAUCAUUCUGGGGCUUCUCAUACGAACACUCUCCAUCAAAUCCUGCCAAAUCCUUUAUCGGGUUUUUUGUUUCUUUUUCCUCUGUCCGAAUGAGCAUGAAUAAACGGAAGUGCAAAUGAGCUGAGGCUAUUUUUGUGGUCAGCCAAGGAUGCUGCCAAGAGCUCCACUGUGUGGCUGUGGCGUGGGGAUGUGAAAACUUGGGCACUCCAUGGAUGAUGAUACCCCCUUCUUGAUGUUUUUAAACAAGCACAAAUGAUAUUUGUAAAAAGAAGUUUAAUUUUAUUUAUUAUGGUAAUAAACUAUUUUAUACGUGA